GGUCGCCGAUUCAUUUCCCGCAUCGCCAUACCGUUCCGUUCCGUCCUCCCCCACCGGCCCACCCCAUAUCCCUCCCUCGGAUCUGCCCCCACCGUUUCAAAUUCCCCACGCGAGCCAGCAGUGGUGGUGGGUGAACCGAUCAAUCGAGCCCUUUUUCCGAUCGGCGAACGGCGUCGCGUCUGGUCGGAUUCGUUGGCUGGGCUGGGCUUGGGGUCGAGGAGGAGGAGGAGGAAGGGAGGUGGGCGAGGCGAGAAUCGAGAUCAGAUGGCGCACCGGGUGGACAACGAGUACGAUUACCUGUUCAAGAUCGUGCUCAUCGGCGACUCCGGCGUCGGCAAGUCCAACAUCCUCUCCCGCUUCACCCGCAACGAGUUCUGCCUCGAGUCCAAGUCCACCAUCGGCGUCGAGUUCGCCACCCGCACCCUGCAGAUAGAUGGGAAGACUGUCAAGGCACAGAUAUGGGACACGGCUGGUCAGGAGAGAUACCGUGCCAUCACUAGUGCUUAUUACAGGGGUGCGGUUGGAGCGCUCCUAGUCUACGACAUAACAAAGAAGCCAACCUUCGACAAUGUUCAGAGGUGGCUGCGAGAGCUCCGGGAUCAUGCAGACGUGAACAUUGUUGUCAUGAUGGUUGGUAACAAGUCAGACUUAAACCACUUGAGAUCGGUCCCUGAGGAAGACGGCCAAGCAUUUUCUGAGAAGGAAGGCCUAUCCUUCCUUGAGACAUCUGCACUGGAGGCAGUCAACGUCGAGACGGCGUUCCACACCAUAUUGAGCGAGAUUCGUCAGACAGUAAGCAAGAAGGCGCUUGCCGCGCAAGAGUCUGCAUCUACCAACGGGCGUUCUAUGCAAGGAACUACUAUUAACGUUGCUGAAUCAUCCACCAACGCAAAAGGCUCGUGCUGUUCUAGCUGAAGAACUGCUUCCAACGGAAGAGGAAAGGUUUGAAGUUUGAACUUUGGAAGCGUUCGUUCCUGCGGAGCUGCGCAUCGCGCGUAGGUUGUAGAUUUCUUUGUUACUUCGUAUUACCUUCGUUUCAAAGCCUUUGACUGGUAAUUCUAUUGUUACAAGGAACUUUUCUAGUAUCAUACAUGUAACUUGUCAAAUCAAAGCAUAUUCCUUUUGCGUUUAUUAUCUAACUUAUCCCUUUAUACCUGGAGGAUUGAAGAACAUUCUGUACUCUGUAACACAUUAUUCUCCUGAUGGCUAUAAUCAUUUCCAGUAUCACCUA